AUGCUUGUGACGGGCAUGGAAGAAUUUCGCAAGCGACCUAGUUUCCGAUCGAAGUUCAAAUUAUCGUCUCCCGAAACCAUGUGUGUGGACGAUCUUCGUUCCAUUUUACUCGAGUAUGGGGUCUCACAGGAAACUUUGAAAGUAGCUGGAGAACGAAGAUCUGAAGUGUUGGCCCUGUAUUAUCGCGUAUGUUUGCCACUCGGGCAAAGGACUUUGCCUGACACUUUUCGAGGUCAAGCAAUGGAGAAAAAGCGAUUGAAAUUUGAAAAAGAAUCGGCUCUGCGGCGAGACGGGCAAAAACUUGCUCAUGGACAUGAUCAGUCUCCCGCUGCAAGGUUGUUUGGUUCGAUUGAAUCGAAAUUGUCCGACGCGUCUUCAUCUGUCAACUCGAAAAGGAAAAGUGAUUCUUCCAUCGACGACGCAAGUACAUCGAAAAAGUCGCGAUUUCAGUGCUCUGUGGAUGUGCCCACUUCCUCUUCGAGUCAAAAGCAAUCCAGUGUGAUACGAUUUGGAAACAAGUCGCCGGAGGAGUGUGCAAUGAAUGGACUGAAGCGUGAGAAAGUUUGUCGCACUGACGCCAUGAGUAGCGAAGCAAGCGGACGAGACCCAAUCAAGUCUGGGAGGAAGACAAUUUGCUGGCCUUGAUAAAAGAUGUGUCUCCCUUUGUUAUUGUAGCAGCUAGUUUCCUGUUGUCCUUACCUGAGAUAGUCAUCGCACAAACUUGAAAAAUAUUCGUCCGUGAGCGUCUUCUGUUCCCCAAGCUCUCCUGACAGCGGCAUCAGGAAUCACUUUUUUGAAAUUUAAGACUUAUGUCGACUCAAACCCGUUGUUUAAAUUGUACUACUGUGGUCAUAAUUUUACGGUAGUCUUUCAUCCGAAGAUAUUCUUCCUUUUCCGUUUCGUCCGUGUUGGACAAAUUAUUUGACACUCCUGUACUUUUUUAUAUUUGUUCCUUUUGUGUUUGAAGUUGUUUUAGGACGUGCCUCAGGGGAGUUGGUACGGGGGAAAGAGAAUCAGAGCUGUUUUGAUUGUUGA